AGACUCUGCGCUAUUCUAUAGGACCCCCGAUGGUCACUCGACAUGCUGCUUCUUGUUCUUUUCCUCUCCAGCAUAUCAGCUGAGUACAGCGUGACAACAGAAAGCAAAAUGUCUGCCACAGAAGGAAUGACGCUGAACAUUCUCUGCCGAUAUGAUAAGCAGCGCUACAGGCGUCAUGUAAAAUACUGGUGUAAAGGCAAUCAUUGGAGAACCUGCGCCAUUACAAAACGAUCUGAUGAUCCACAAAACGGUGAUCCUGGAGUACUGAUACAUGAUGACAAGCAAGGGCUUUUCAGAGUGGUCCUCAGCAACCUGAAGAGAGGGGACACCAACUGGUACUGGUGUGGUAUUGAGAUUGAACCCGGUAUUGAUGACAUGGCUUCUGUUUUCCUGACAGUCACUGCAGGACCAACUAUGAGACCAACAUCAGCCUCCACUACGCAUCUGUACGAAACAACAUCAACAUCAUGUGUGACAACCACAAGUACAAUGGCAUUUACUACAGUGGAGCUGUCAACGUUUGCAACACAAGAGGCAGAGACAGCAACGCAAAGGCAGGUUUUCACAGUCAUGAGUGAUAACAGUUUAACAACAUUUACAAAGUGGUAG